GUUGUAUUUAUCAAUUUCGGGUCGGUAAGAGUUACCCCUUAUUUUAAGCCAGACGGCAAGGAAAGUGCGAAGAAGACAAACUCGCCGUUGAGUGGUAUCGUCAAUCGUCAUUCAGAUAGACAAUUGGAUCGAUUCAUCAGCUUCAAUUCGUAUCUCGUUUUUCGAAUCACAUAUCAAAAGAGAUAUUUCAGGCAGGGUGUGAUUUGUAGGAAUUGCUACCAGAUCCAUGGGUGAGGGAAUAUAAUGAAGCUUCUAAACUUGCGGAUGAUAUCACCAGCAUGAUAUCUGCAAGUAGUUCAUUAGGCUCAGGGCCAGAAGCACAGCGUCAUUCAUCUGCUACACGGAGGAAAAUUACAAUAUUAGGAACCAGACUCGAUAGCUUACAGUCUCUUCUAACAAAGCUUCCUGCAAAACAGCCCUUAACAGAGAAAGAGAUGAACAAGCGUAGAGACAUGCUAACAAGUUUGAGAACAAAGGUUGCUCAGAUGGCCUCUUCAUUGAACAUGUCAAACUUUGGUACUAGGGACAGUUUACUUGGGCCGGAUACUAAGCCACCUGAUGCAAUGAGCAGGACAACUGGUUUAGACAACUCUGGCGUUGUUGGGCUUCAAAGACAAAUCAUGAGAGAGCAAGAUGAAGGCCUAGGGAAACUGGAGGAGACAGUGAUAAGUACCAAACAUAUUGCAUUGGCAGUCAACGAGGAGCUUAAUUUGCAUACUAGGCUCAUUGAUGACCUUGACGAACAUGUGGAUGUCACGGAUUCCCGACUUAAGAGAGUGCAGAGGCACCUGGCGAUUCUGAAUAAACGCACAAAGGGUGGUUGCUCAUGCUUAGGCAUGUUGUUGUCUGUUAUUGGGAUCGUUGUUCUAGUUGUGGCUAUAUGGAUGGUUUUAAAAUAUCUGUGAUAACAAUCACGUGUAACAAAUUUAUAAAUAUC